AUGGCGGAGCCAUCAUCAACCACGGACGUUCCCGCCACUGGGGUCGAUGCGGAGGGCAAUGUGAGAGAGCUCAGCAGUCCAGAGCAGAGCGCAGGCCGCAUUGGGGCAGUCAAGCAAUUGGACCCUGCCGCAGAGGCUCUGAAGGUAUCUUCCGAACAUCACGGUCCUGAUGCACUCGCGUCUGGUAGCACGGAGGCAGCUGAGGCCGCUCCGGUCGUCAUCGAUCGCCACGUUCUCGAGCGUGCCAAAUGCGACGACACCCACAUCAAACAGCUUGCUGCAAACCACCGACUGCGGCAAAGGAGAAAGAUCAAGAAGUUCUACACCAAACAGAACGAACUUAUAGAUCAAUUUCUGGGCGUCGAAGAUGAAGAGCGCCUCGCGACAGACGAGGAGAUACGCAUGCGACCGAGGAUCAAGUUUGCUGUUUAUGCCUCCUUUGCCGUCAACGUCUGUUUAUUCGUCAUCCAGCUGUAUGCUGCCAUAUCUACGGGCUCCCUGGCGCUCUUUGCCACGGCGGCAGACGCUUUCAUGGAUCUGGUGUCGUCCACUGUGAUGCUAAUCACGUCCAAGCUGGCACAGCGCCCGAGCGUCUACAAGUAUCCAGUUGGUCGGACAAGAAUUGAACCGAUUGGCAUCAUUGUAUUUUGUGCUUUAAUGGCUACAGUUGCCGUCCAGCUGCUGAUUGAAUCGGCUCGAUCUCUUGCCGGCGGCGAGCGAGAGUCUGCGCCACUGCAGAUUGUGCCUCUCACUCUUGUUGGUGUAGCCAUUUUCUCGAAGGCCUCUUUGAUGAUCUAUUGCUACUUUUACAGGCGAUUCCCAUCCGUAAAAGUCUUCUUUGUGGACCAUCGCAAUGACAUUGUCGUCAACAUCUUCGGGCUCGUCAUGUCCAUUGUGGGCGACCAUUUCAUCUGGUACCUGGAUCCAAUUGGAGCAAUCUGCAUCGCCCUGCUCAUCUUGUUCUCGUGGGCGGCCAACGCGUUUGAGCAAGUUUGGCUGCUCGCUGGCAAAGGCGCGCCGAGGACUUACGUCUCCCGCCUCAUCUACGUCGCCUUGACGCACAGCCCGCACAUCCUAAAAGUCGAUACGUGUCGCGCGUAUCAUGCGGGCCAGAGGUACUUUGUCGAGAUCGACAUCGUCAUGGACGCCGAGACGCCACUCAAGAUAUCUCAUGAUGUUAGUCAGACGCUGCAGCGCAAGCUGGAAGGAUUGGCCGACGUCGAAAGGGCGUUUGUCCACGUCGACUAUGACUCUGAACACAAUGUUCAUGAGGAGCACAGGCCGCUUUACGGGACAUUCAAGACAAAAGACUUGAAGAGCAGGCUUGUCUCUUUGGCCAAGAAAUUAGGGCAUUGA